AAAUCAUCUUCGUGUCUUCAGGAACCCCCUUUCUUCAAGAAAUUAUAAGAACCUUUCUUCUCCCAAGAGGAGAUCUCAUGAAGAGUGAGAAGGACAGCAGAGAAGGUGUCUUGUAGAAACAGCUAUCAUGAAGUUUUCUCUGGUCGCUGCCCUUGUGGUGAUUUUGGCCCUGGCACAUGGCAAGAGUGGAUUCCGAUGUGAAUCUGUGUCUCUGGUGAAACGGGAUGCUCACAUGGAGGUUGACACUCUAAUAAAGUACGUCCAGGACUUAUCCUCUCUAGUGACCAAGACCACCCAGGGGCUUGUAGAGAGAGCAAAGACUCACGAGCUGACUGGCAAGGCCAAUGCCUAUAUUGAGGAUGGGAGGACCCAGCUGCAGCCUCUGGUUCAGCAGAUCCAGAAGGAGCUGAAGCCUCUAGCUGCCUCCAUUAAAGAGCAGCUCAAGCCCCUGACUGAGCCAUUGCAGGCCCAGCUCAAGCCAUUUAGUGACAGUAUUCAGCCCGAGCUUGAGCGCAUUUGGAAGACCUUGUUGGAUGCAACCAAGGCCUUUACUAACUAAAUCCAACAGUGCCAUAAUCCAGCAGGACCACCCCUCACAUUCUGAUUUCCAACUAUUUAAAAAAUAACCUGGCUUUUGUCUUAUAAUAUAUUUUUUCAUGAAUAAAGGAAUGUUGACACA